AGAAAGAAUCAUGGGGAAAGGGUGCUGGAUGGACACAAUAAAACACAAAACACCACAGAAUGUAUAUGUCAAUUGUAUUAUCUACAUGUUGUACAGUUUAUAUUGUUAUAUAAUGUUAUAAUAAGAAAUACUAGAUAUACUUGACUGUAUUCACAAUAUAAACACUCCUUAAACUCUCAUUCAGUUGCAGUAUAGGAAGAUCUGCAACCAUGCACAGCAUAUUAAUAGACCUUCUUCUAACAUCUUACAAUAAGAAAUACUAGCUGUAUUUGAUUAUAUUCAAUGUGUCUGCACAUGCUUAGAUGUGAGGCACUUGCAGUGCAGUAAGGUCUGUGACCAUGCACAGAAUAUUAAUAGAUAUACUACAUACAUUUGUCUAAACCACAGCAUGGCUAGAGUAAUGUGCAGUGGGUUGGGCAAGUUUUUGGUUUGGUUUGAGUCUUAAUCGCUGGUGAGGCAGAAGGCAUUUUCAUUCUUACAGUUGUUUGACAGAUCUGUGACUGCUAGUCUUACUUCCUCUUUACAAGCCACAACCUUUCUCUCUGCAUAUCACCACUCAAUAUAUUUAAAAGUAGCUAUGCUGUGCCAACCAUUUUAUUUAUUUAUUUAGCAAGCUCUAUAUACUGUAUAAGCCAUACAUAUAGCUGAUGGUUUAAAGUUUCCUUUCGUUGUAUACAAGCGACGUAUAAAAACUAAAAAGUUAAAACAUCUACAGGAAAAGAUGGGGCAAAGUUGGGUGUUUUUUUGUUUGAAGAAGCUAAAACCGUACCAACGUUAGAUAGAAUUCUGUCUAACUUUUUGCCCACAGGAAGCUGCUGUUAAAACUUUCACAUAGCUACUAAACCAUAAGCCAUACUUUAGGGCAUCCUCUGUAGCCCACACUCUUUGUUCACACAGGACCAAAAAGUAACACAUCUAUCUGUCACACACACACACACAUACACCAUGUGCCUUCAAAUAGCAGUCAGAAAAAGAGAAGUGUGAAAAGAACAGCGUCAUGCUGAGUGCAGAGCCGCUUCGGCACAAGUGCACAGCUUUUGUAAGGCCACACAGCACACAGCCUGACUGUGGUAAGCGCAUGAUUCUGCUGAUCUGAGGAACACCACAGUGUCCAGAGGAGGAAGAGGCACAGCGGUGUUACAAGAGAGAACUAGAACAAAACAAAGAAAGGUGGGAGAAGGCAAGCGUAUGUUGGCUGGGGGCUCAUGGGGAAUCUCCUGAAAGUGCUGACUUGCGCCGAACUUGAGCAUGGCCCAAUAGUUUUCCUUGACUUUGAACAUGCCCAGCCCACAGAGGCUGAGACGGCUGUUUGGAAUCAAGUCAGUGCCGUUCUGGAGGAGGCUCACGGUAUCCUAGCAGAGUUACAAUCCUACAGUGGAGCGGGGCAAGAGAUAAGAGAGGCUAUUCAGAACCCCAAUGACCUCCAGCUUCAGGAGAAAGCCUGGAAUGCUGUGUGCCCCCUGGUGGCCAAGCUGAAGCGAUUCUAUGAAUUUUCACUCAGGUUAGAAAAUGCCCUGCGCAGCCUGUUGGAAGCACUGACAAGCCCACCGUAUGCUCCAAUGCAGCACCUGGAGCGAGAACAGGCUCUGGCUAAACAGUUUGCAGAGAUCCUGCACUUCACUCUCAGCUUCGAUGAGCUAAAGAUGACAAAUCCAGCCAUUCAGAAUGACUUUAGUUACUACAGGAGGACCAUAAGCCGGAAUCGACUGAACAAUCAGCAGUUAGAGGCAGAGAAUGAAGUCAAUAAUGAAAUGGCCAAUCGGAUGUCUCUGUUUUAUGCGGAAGCAACACCCAUGCUGAAAACCUUGAGCAAUGCCACAACUAAGUUUGUGUCAGAGAACAAGACUUUGCCUAUUGAAGACACCACAGAUUGCCUGAGCACUAUGGCCUGCGUGUGCCGGGUCAUGCUGGAGACUCCGGAAUACCGGUGCCGUUUCACCAACACAGACACUAUGCUGUUCUGCAUGCGUGUUAUGGUGGGUGUCAUUAUCCUCUACGAUCACGUUCACCCCGUGGGUGCCUUCGCUAAAACCUCCAAGAUUGACAUGAAGGGCUGCAUCAAGGUGUUGAAAGAGCAGCCUUCAAACAGCGUGGAGGGACUGCUGAAUGCACUGAGGUAUACAACAAGACAUCUAAAUGAUGACAGCACCUCUAAACAAAUCCGUGCUCUACUUCAAUGAGGGGAGAUGCCUAGAGAGAAAGGGGUGAAAUCAAGCGGGUAUUGAGAAAGGGAGAGAGAAACAGAUGAAGAAGGAAGUUGCUGACAGAGAACAAAGUAUGAAGGCUGGCAGUUUUUUGGGUGACACACCCUCAGAAACCUGUUUGUUUACAUGAAUGAAAUGCAAAAUCAAUUUCAAGUUCAAAAAGCUAAAUAGGGAAAAAUGGGGAAAAAAAGUAUAUAUAAUAUAUUGUCAGUUGUUCAUCAUGUCUUUGAUUUUUUGUAAAAACAUGAAAAGAGAUUAUAGAAAUAUAUAUAUGUAGGUAUAUUAAAAUAAAAAAAAAAAAAAGCUGAAAGAGAACCAUGGCUUACCAGAUGAGAACAUUUAAGGAAAACAAAUGCAUAAUAUAUCAAAGCCCUACGAUAAGAAACGACAACAACAAAUAAGGUCCAUAUAACUUCUGCAGAUUAUUUUUGCACAUAGAUAAUCCCCUUAAUAGUUAUAAAGAUUUUGAAAAUGGCUUCACAUUGUAUAGUGUAUAGUGUGUAUAGUGCCGCUCAGUCUCCGUGCGUUUAACUUCCACCUGAUUUUGAACACACUCUCCUCUGCAUCGACUUCCAUUGCAUUCUGCAGGAGUACUUUAAUACUGCACUCCCUUUCCAAAGUUUCAGUUUCAAAAUCAAUUUGUGAAUCAUGCCAUGCGUCUGCAGAAUUCAGUACCUAUAAAACAAGAGACUUGCAUUUGCUGUAUAUACUUGAAAAGCACAGGUUAAGGAUUUUUGUUUGACUUAUUCACUAGUGCUGUACAGCAAUACUGAAAUAAAAUAACGACUGCAAAAGCAGUUUAGAAUAAGCUGUUUUGUGCCAAUAUAGAACGAACAGUGAGGAGUUCAUGAAUAACACAAAGGCCUUAGUGAGACGUUCAUGUUCAGAGGCAUUGGAUUAGGAAUUGUUCUGCUUUGGGAAACUGUGUCAGAAGGAAUUUCAAGAAAGCCAUGAAACUCUAUUUCAGAAGCCACUCAUAUUUCACUCAGCACCGUAGCUCCUUUCUCUGCAAACAUCUCAUUUCAGGACCUGUAGUUUAUCAGGAGUCCCAUUUACAUAUUGAGUGAACUACAGGUCCCUAAUAAUCAGCCGCUUAACACCAACCUCCUAGCAGUACAACAUUAAAACACACACACUUACAGUGUGUUAAAUCUACCGAUCAGAAAUACUGGGAAUUCUGAACAUGGCAUCGCCUAUUACUGUACUCAAGUUCAGGUUCUUGGCACAUUUACUCUUGUAGAAAACUGGAAAUCAAUCAUUCUGACUUUCUACUCACUUACAGACACACAAAUACACACGCACACAAACACAAAGAAACACAAACAAACACACACACACACACAAAGGGCGUACAGCAGAAAAUAUGUAGAAGGUUUUGGUGUAAAUAAGUGAAUAAGCGGAGGAUUUUCCACCAGCCAUCUAAAAGGCCAUGGAACUGAUGCGCUUAAAGUCAACUAGAGAAUGUUUCUUUUAGUAAGAUGCAAUUUAAAAAAGAAAAAAAAAAAAAAAAAGAUCAUGUCAUAAAUGAGUGAGUAUUUAAAAAAAAACAAAUUAUUUAAUAAAAAUUAAGAUGCAACAAAUACAGUGUUGUAUUUCGAUGUCUAUAGCCCUUAGUUGAACUUAAUUUGAUCUGACAGUAUAUUUUUUAUACAGGGGUAUGUUCACAAACAUAUUCUGUAUAAAGAAAUAAACGGCAUGCUGUACAACUUCAGAUGAAAUUGUGUAAAUACAGUGUUUUUAAUUCAUUUUCAAAUGUUCAGUGACUGAAUUGGGUGUGUGUUGUGUCUAAGAAACCUUGCAUUUGGCUUGGACUAUUGGACUUGCUGUAGUCAUAGGUUCCAGCUCUUCAACUUCAUACUGGCGGAGAAAGUAAUGGGCAAGUUGGAUAGGGGAGGGAGGGGACUGUCCAUUUGCUUGUUAUUUUGUACAUUUUGUGCAACAAUAAACUUGUCAUUUAUUAAGUUCA